AUUUUAUUGUACGGCUAGUGACGAACGAACAGCGUCCUUAUCACUUAUCUGAUAAUGAUUUUGGGUGACAAUAAACUAAAAUAUUUCAUAUUGUUACUGUGAUAUCACGUGUACUGAGUUUUUAGACAUUUGUGUCUUUAUUUUUACGAAAAAAAGCCUUUAUUAGACAUGAAAUAGUUGUUUGUUGUUUUUAAAUCAAACAAAGUUUCUUUUAAAUGUUUUUACUUUAGAUAUAAGAAAUAAAUGAUCAAAUAUGACUCAAAAUUCGUGUGUUCAAACUCAAAUGUGUUCUUUUUUAAAUAAAUCAUUGAUAUAAGUGUUGAAGGCAGUGUGUGUCUUUGUAAAUAGGUCUUUUUGCUCUCGUUUGAAUAACCAAACGUAAUUAAGACUUUGUUCGGAUCUCUAAUUAUUUAAUAUAGGUUUUUUAUAUUGUUUUACAACAUGUCGUUACAAGGAAAAACGAUUUUCCACAAGCUAUGGUACUUCUUGAGGACGUAUAUACUAAGACUGAAGGUCUUCGACCUGUUCCUGCAGGGAGCCUACCUCAUCAUUAUCCUGCUGGAGACCAAUGUCUACUUGCUGCUGAAGAGAGAUGCCAAGGAAGGUCAUCAUUCAAUGCUCAUUCUAGAUUAUACAAUGAUAGGGGUGGCUGGAGUGGAGUUUUUUCUGGGCGCUGCAGUGGCCUGGUGGGGGAAAGGCAAAAGACACUUCGCGUUCUCUGGCUGGCUAGCUGUGUGCUCCGCAUCAGGGCUCCUGGUGCUCGCGUUCCCGUUUGCCAGAUCGAAUCCUAUUGGAAUGGAGUUAUGUAAGGUCCACGAGACACACGAAGCAGUCAGCAACUACGAUAGCAAUCUAAUAGCGAGGACAUCGAUCCUGAUCAUCACAGUGAUACUGUGUGGACUGGCGAAGGUCAGCGUUUGGUCACACGGCAUCACAUACUUGGAUGACCACGACCCUACGAACGGAUCGUAUUUUUAUGGUAACCUGAUCUCCAUCCGCCUAAGUCUGGGUAUGAACGCAGGCUCCUGGUUGGAGCCGACUUCUGAGAGGAGUAAUUGGUGGGAGGCUCACCUCUCCAUUUGCAUGCUGACUUUCAUGUUCUCUUUCCUCUUCAGCUUAUUCCCCAAGAAAAUGGGGUCUUCCAAAGAGAUGGAUGAAAUUGAAAACUCAUAUGUUGAUACUGGUCUACUCCCAACUCUUCGUCGAUUACUCCACAAUAAGGCCCUGAUGAUGCAGAUUGUGGCGCUCUCCUGUUUAAGUACUGCGGUACUGGUGUUCGUGCACUAUGACGAUGCAUACGUACAGGCAAAGUUUCACGUGGACACAAAGGAUCCAAGGACUUCAGGAGGGCUCUCUAGUAUCUUCCGAACGCUGUUCAUCAUUAUAUUUGUUAUGAUAUUCAAGAUACGUUUCUCAGCGCGAAGACCAGAAGGUGUGAAGGCAAACACUGCCUCUCGAGUCGCGGCUGUGGUCGCCAUAUUUGUGACUGCAUUCUACAUAGUGCUGACUGUGCUUAGCUGUAAUACUGACACCAUCAGCGGACUCAAAACCGGCAGCUACUACCAGCCUACUUGCAGUGCAUCUUGCGGAUGUAGUACAGAGCGAUACGGCUUCACUCCGGUUUGUUUGCUGGACACCAGGCGGACUUAUUUCUCUCCAUGCCACGCUGGCUGCACGCAUUCUGAAGAUCUCAACGGGGUUUUAUUGUUCAACGAUUGCGCGUGCAGUUUGGGCACGAUGCGCGCUGCACGCGGCUCGUGCUCGCUGACGUCGUGCAUGCUGCCCUACAACGCGUACCAGAUUGUGUUUACCGUCAUGCUGGCGGUGGCUGCGGCAUGCUUCCUGAUGCAAGGUAUGGCGGUGUUGCGAGCUGUCCGGCCUAUAGACAAGGCAACCGCCGUCGGUACCAGUAUAGCGAUAGUGGCAUUACUGUCCUUCAUCCUCGGACAUUUAAUCUACUUGUUUAUAAGUCACAUGACGUGUGUAUAUUCAUCAAACGGGGCCUGUUUACUGCACGCCUCGACGAUAUGGAUCGCGGGCGGCACCAGCACGCUGCUGGCCGCGCUCUCAGCCGCCGGAUGCUUCAUCUCCAGCAAAAUGCAGCCUUACAUGGACGAACCUACUACUGAAUUAUGAUAAGGAAUGUUUAGAUAAAAAUAGCAAAUAAAUAAAUAAAUAAAUGUGUAGGAGAGCCAAGCUAGGGCAUAAAUGAGUCGGGUCGACUGUAGUGGUACCACGGCCUCACAG